CGACUUUCGCUGUGCAUAUCGAGUUAUCUGCCAUGGCACCUGUCGUCGAAAUCGUCUACAUCCCCUCAUCGGAGAAGUAUCGCAAUGAUUCGAACCUCCUAGACGACGUCUGCGAGUACACGAAGAAGGCAAAGGGCUGUUUGGGUGUUUACCACGGUCUACAACAUGAGGACAACAAAACGCUGUAUCUGGUCGUUGAGGCUCACUAUGAGCUCAUCAACGACAAAGUCAUAUACCCACAGCUGCAAGAGAAGCUCAAGCCCUGCGUCGAGGGCGGCUCGCUGCACGUUUUGAACAUGUUCCACGUCCCCUUGAAUGCGUCGCCCGCACCGGCUCUGAAUGCCAAGGCCACGUCCUUCGCGCACAUACACAAGCUCGGCAGCGGCAAGUCGUUCUCGGACAUACAGCCGCACCUGUCGCAAGCAUCGGCGGCGAACGGCGUCAAUGGCGCGCACGGAGGGGCGUACGGAAAACUUGUCGAGCGUGACGAGUAUGUCGCGCUCAUCGGCUGGGACACCGUCGAGCUUCAUCUCAAAGCCAUCAACGACAACAGCGCUUUUGCGGACGCUGUCAAUGCGGUUCGUGGAAUCGCAAGUGAGAUUACCGUCAAGCAUGUGGAGCUCAAGACGUACUUCGAAUACGAGAAAUGAAUAUAAGUAUCUGUCUAAGCAAAUAGG